GGGAUUCGGUAAAAGCAGAGGUCGCUGAAGUUUACAUUCUAAAAGGCGCUGUCGAGGUCUGGGAGGUGCUGAAAUCUACUCAAGCUCAGUUCCGCGUGAUUGGCACGCUUGACAGUGAUUGACAGGCGUCGGUGGAAACUACGCAACCAAUCUGCCAAGUCCAAUAGAAAAUCAGAAGCGGGCAGCACGUCUUUUCCCUCCUCAAAAACAUCUUCAUUCUUGUACUAUAAUUUCGUGCCCUCGAACUCCCGAGGCAGCCUCAGACCGUCAGAGCGACAUCUCUAUUUCUCUGCAUCGUCUAACGUUCAUCAUCUGAUUCUGGAACUGCCUUUUUGUCUGGAUUCGACUGGGGGAGACAGAGAAAAGCCACAUUAAGCACGAAGCUGUGCUUGAGGUAGAGAGGACUCCGAGGGGGAACAGAAGCCUUCAUGUUUCAGUUGCCAAUCUUGAAUUUUAGUCCCCAGCAGGUAGCGGGGGUAUGCGAGACUUUGGAAGAGAGUGGAGACAUCGAGCGUCUUGGCCGAUUCCUUUGGUCGCUGCCCGUCGCACCCGCUGCCUGCGAGGUGCUGAACAGAAAUGAGUCUGUGCUGCGGGCUCGGGCUAUCGUAGCCUUCCACACUGGGAAUUUCCGUGAGCUUUACCACAUUCUGGAGAACCACAAGUUCUCCAAAGAGUCCCAUUCCAAACUGCAAGCACUUUGGCUGGAGUCACACUACCAGGAGGCAGAGAAGCUACGAGGCCGCCCACUAGGGCCAGUGGACAAAUACCGGGUACGGAAGAAGUUCCCUCUGCCUAAAACAAUUUGGGAUGGGGAACAAAAGGCGCACUGUUUUAAAGAAAGGACCCGGCAUUUACUUCGAGAAUGGUACCUCCAGGAUCCUUAUCCGAAUCCAAGUAAAAAGAGAGAGCUUGCACAAGCUACGGGACUCACUCCCACUCAAGUGGGCAAUUGGUUUAAAAAUAGAAGACAAAGGGACAGAGCCGCGGCCGCUAAAAACAGGUUACAACAGCAGGUGUUGUCUAAUGGCUCGGUUCGGUCCUUAACUGGAGAGGAUGGUGCUGUAGACCGACUGGGGAACGCGUCGAGCCCUGAAGCGAGCCUGUCGAGCAAAGCCGCUGCGUCGGCAAUCUCCAUCACUUCAAGUGACAGCGAAUGUGACAUCUAACAUCGCACCACGAACCGGCCCGCGGGCUAUAC